AUGGCUGCUUCAAGGCUCCUCCGACCUACCUCCCGCCUCGUCUCGGCGUCGCGGCCAGCGCCCGCCUUCCGACCAGCUUUCCGCGCCGCAGCCAUUACACCGUCAAUUGCGAGGAGAGGAUAUGCGUCAGGCCAGAAGGAGAUGACAGUGCGAGAGGCGCUCAACGAGGCCAUGGCCGAGGAGAUGGAGCGCAACGACAAGGUUUUCGUGCUCGGAGAGGAAGUCGCGCAAUACAACGGAGCCUACAAGGUCACAAAGGGCCUGCUCGACCGCUUCGGUGAGAAGAGGGUAAUCGACUCUCCCAUCACAGAGUCAGGUUUCGCCGGUCUGACCGUCGGUGCUGCGCUCGCUGGUCUCCACCCCAUUUGCGAGUUCAUGACCUUCAACUUCGCCAUGCAGGCCAUUGACCAGAUUAUCAACUCCGCCGCAAAGACCCACUACAUGUCCGGUGGUAUCCAGCCCUGCAACAUCACCUUCCGUGGUCCCAACGGUUUCGCGUCCGGUGUCGCUGCUCAGCAUUCCCAAGAUUACACUGCGUGGUACGGAAGCAUUCCUGGAUUGAAGGUUGUUUCGCCAUACAGCGCCGAGGAUGCCAAGGGUCUGUUGAAGGCUGCUAUCCGCGACCCCAACCCGGUCGUGGUUCUCGAGAACGAGCUUCUCUACGGUCUUUCCUUCCCUAUGAGCGAGGAGGCCCAGAGAGACGACUUCGUCAUUCCCUUCGGAAAGGCCAAGAUCGAGCGCCCCGGCAAGGACCUCACCAUCGUCACCCUCUCCCGCUGCGUCGGCCAAUCCCUCGUUGCCGCCGAACAACUCAAGUCCAAGUACGGCGUCGAAGCCGAAGUCAUCAACCUGCGCUCCAUCAAGCCCCUCGACGUCGAGGCCAUUGUCAAGUCCGUCAAGAAGACCGGCCACAUGCUCUGCGUAGAGUCCGGAUUCCCGUCUUUCGGCGUCGCGUCCGAGAUUAUGGCGCUUACCUGCGAGUACGCCUUCGACUACUUGGAGGCGCCCCCUGCCCGUGUUACCGGUGCUGAGGUGCCCACACCAUAUGCCCAGAAGCUCGAGGAGAUGAGCUUCCCCAGUGAGAGCUUGAUUGUGGAUUACGCUGCCAAGCUGCUCCGCGUAUAG